CAAACGGCUACAAAAUCCCUUCGAAGACAACUGCUCUGGGGACUCAUUUUUCCUAUCCGACCCCGUUCUUCUUCCGACUUAGCUAAUGUUAAUCUAUCUAGUUCAUCAUACUACCCUACUGCACUACCUACCGAAAAGGGCCUGCCGGGUCUGGCCUACUCCAAGUUUGCUACGUAUGACUAGAGAGCUAUUUCACAUGUCCCUGAGGGUGCUGUUUUGUUUUUCUUGUUAGAAAGGGAGACCGAGUAGCAAAAUACAG